AUGAUUGAGAUGUUUGGUCAGCAUUCAAUGGAACCCAUAGAGACAGUAGGAAGAGAUGCCGAUGCUGUAACAGAGAGGGGAGUGUUAGGGCGACGGGGGGCCGCCGUGGAGAAGAAAGAUUCAUUAGACGGAACCCCAUUUGAGGGACUUAAGGCUUGGUUUGGUUUGCUUGGCUUUGAACCUCUAGUCACCUGGCGCAACUUUUGGGAUAGUGAAAUUCUGAAUCUUCGGCUUCACCAAAAUGGGCAUCUUCCUCUCUCCAUAUUCUGGAUUUUUAUGGGAAAAAUACUCAUUUUCAUAGGCCAAGACCCUUUAAUUUCACAUGAAGCUAGUAAAUUCAUAACUUGGCUUGUUCCCGCCCUAUUUGCUUAUGUGAUUCUUCAACCGCCUUUUCGAUACUUCCAAAUGCAAAGUUUGACACUUUCCAUGCUUAUAAGCUCAUGUGCCACUCUUGCUUUCCACAUAACUCUUUGUUGGGUUCUAGUGUUUAAGUCCGGAUUGGAUAACCUUGGAGGUGCAUUAGGAAUUGAUAUUUCAAUUUGGUUGAACGUGAUCUUCCUUGUAUUGUACAUGAAGUACUCUUUUUCUUGUGAAACAACUCGGGUCCCAAUUUCCAUGGAGGUGUUACGGGGAGUUGGCGAGUUCUUCAGUUUUGCCAUUCCUUCCGCUGUUAUGAUUUGUCUUGAAUGGUGGUCAUUUGAGCUGCUUAUCUUGCUUUCUGGGCUUUUACCAAAUCCACAGCUUGAAACUUCUGUAUUGUCUGUAUGCCUCAAUACCAUUGCAACACUCUAUGCAAUACCCUAUGGAUUUGGUGCUGCCGUGAGCACUAGAGUUUCAAAUGAAUUAGGAGCUGGGAAUCUGCAAGGGGCUCGUGUAGCUGUAUUUGCCGUAAUGUUCCUUGCAGUCACAGAGACUACAGUUGUGAGUGCAACCCUCUUUGCCUUUAGGUGCGUCUUUGGCUACACCUUCAGCAACGAGAAAGAAGUCGUGGAUUAUGUCACGGCCAUGGCUCCUCUGGUUUGUUUAUCAGUUAUCAUGGAUAGUAUACAAGGAGUCCUCUCAGGUGUUGCUAGGGGAUGUGGGUGGCAACAUAUAGGGGCAUAUGUCAACCUUGGGGCAUUCUAUCUUUGUGGAAUUCCUAUUGCUGCCAUAUUGGCCUUUUGGAUACAAUUAAGAGGAAAAGGCUUGUGGAUUGGAAUACAAGCUGGUGCUUUUGUUCAAACAAUCAUGCUUGCUAUAAUAACAAGAAGUACAAAUUGGGAAAAGCAGGCAACUCAAGCAAGACAGAGGAUAUUUGAUGGAAAAUCUUCAACAGAUGAUGGAUUAAAGUGAAUGUUGAUAUACUGCUAUUGAUGAAUUAGUAGUCUUUUAUAUCAUUAAAUUAAACGAACCGUCACCAAAUUAAGAAAUGAGAUUUAUAGCCCAAUUCUUCAACAAAAAGAAAAAGGAAAGAAAAAGAAAAAGAAAAUCUCUUUCGAUAUUUUGAACUUGGAGCUACAUUUGUUGUUUACCUUGAAUUGUAUAAGCUUAUGUUGCAUGUAAACAAUUUCAGGUUAUAGCAAAUCCAAUGCUUAAUUAUGUUCUUUUCCAAA